GGCUUGUGUUUAACAAAUUGGAAGGCUGUGCCUGCAGAAAGAGUGAAACAACACAUUCACACACACACACACACAGUCACACACUCACGCACUCAUACACAAACCCACAAACACACAAACAUUAACACCAAGUUCUUCCAUCGGCUGAACACUGAUGCCACCUGUGUGAGGAAAUCCAAGGAGUGACCAAGUUUGAAAACAUCUACAGAGAUCUCACAAUCUGCUCUGGAAAAAAAAAUAUGCUGGAAUUCAGGCAGCUGUGAUCCAGUUCUGUGAAGGAGACCGAAACAGGCUGAAGGAAAUAAUGGAUACUGCAGUUCCAGGCUGUGAGAACUGACUUCCUGUUAAGCAAAGGAUUAAAAGUUUCAAAAGUUUUGAAAGUCUGUAAACUGCAGGUUUAAGAUUUCUUCAGUUACUGUUUUGUCAGAACAGGAUUUUUUCAGUGCAUAAUGAACUUUGAACAGUGACUACACCACGAGGGACCAAGUGGCAACACAUUGGAAUAACUUCAUUUGGGAAACAGCAACAUGCUUUUUACAAGAAUGACAACCACUAAAAACUGGAAGUUGCCUGCAUCACUUUCUUCAUCAGACAAACAUCUCUGACUUUCCCUGAAACUUGUAAAAAAGAGGAAAAAUUCCCUUAAUACAGAAUCUAAACGAGUUAGAACAGUAAGCCAAGUCGCACUACCAGAUUUCUGCCUGGAAACACAAGCAACCCAAACAAUGGUUCUUUUUCUAAUGAUUUCUGAGUGAAGGUCAUCUUUAUUUUUUUUUAACCUGAGGUGUUUUGAAUGAGGAACUACCUUGCAACUGUGGAUACUAACAGAAAGCUGACUGGUUUUCAAGAAAAGAACCAGAGCAAGUAAGAAGUGUGCCAUGGAAAACUGCAGGUAUGACAGAGCAGGUGUGGAAGGGACAUGUAAAGUUCCUCGUUCGGUUGCUCCAAGUUACUCUGGGGAAUUGCAAAUUUGUGUUGGGGAGCAUGGAGGGUGUAACAGUGUUCGAGAAAAUGGAGAUGGACCUCACCAUAGGAUAAGACCUUCACUUCAAAAAAAAGACGGCCAGAGGAAACUGUUAGUCCUCCUUGAUGUACUCUGCCUUGCAGUGGCGUCUGUCCCUUUCUUGGUGUGUGAAAUCAGUGCUGUAAAGCCUGUGAAGAGGGGCUUUUAUUGUGAUGACUACUCCAUUAAAUACCCCCACAUCGAAAAAGAGACUGUUAAUGAUGUCACACUUGUCGCAGUUGGAGUAACAGUCUCAGUCAUAGCAAUUACUAUAGUGGAAACCUACAGGAUCUGCCACUUGAAAGAAGCUUCCAGAUCAUUUGUCACAAACCCCUAUUUGUCUCGAUUGUACAAAGAGAUCGGUGCUUUCCUGUUUGGCUGCACAGUUGGGCAGUCCCUCACCAACAUGGCUAAGCUUGCCAUUGGACGACUUCGGCCUCAUUUCUUGGCUGUCUGCCGACCAGAUUUUUCUACAAUUGACUGUUCAGCUGGAUACGUAUACCAGUAUAACUGCACUGGGAACUCAACAGAUGUGACUGAAGCCAGAAAAUCUUUUUACUCUGGACACGCAUCAUUUGCCAUGUACUCCAUGUUGUACCUUGCGUUCUACGUACAGGCAAGGUUCACCUGGCAAGGUGCACGGUUGCUGCGGCCAGUUACACAGUUCAUGCUAAUUAUAGUAGCCCUUUUUACUGGCUUCUCACGGAUUUCAGACUACAGACACCACCCUACAGAUGUCCUUGUGGGAUUUGUGCAGGGGGCUCUCGUUGCAUACUGGGUGGCUUUCCACAUCUCCAGUAUGUUCAAAUACAGACGACACAAGCACCUGCAGGAGGACACGUACCCUGAGAGCCCCAUGUCCACAGAUUGCUAACAGAAGCAAGUGAAGGAGUGCAAACUCAAAGACUCUUUGCACUUCAGAUGCACAUAACUGCUACUGGUAUCAGGGGACUUUAAAAGUGGAUACAGAAAAAGAUAUAUAUAUAUAUAUAUAUAUAUAUAUAUAUAUAUAUAUAUAUAUAUAUAUAUAUAUUUUUUUUUUUUUUCAUCAGAGAAUUGUUAUUUUUAAGAUGGGCUUUCAAUGAAUAGUAUUUUUUAAGAUGAUCUUUUAGAUGAUACUGUGAAAAGCUGCUAACCUUUAUACAAAACUACUGCCAUGAUUUAGGUUAAACAUCUUGUGAAUGUACAGUAGUCUAGCAUGGACUACAAUUUUUUUCACAAAAUGUUGCCAUUUAAUUUUUUUUUCUAUAAGUGGUGCCAAGGGGCACUUUAUAGUAUGAUUCUGUCUGAACCAUGGUCACUUUAAUGUUUGCGGAUGGGCCAGAUUAAACCAGGAGGAUUCUCCCUUCCCAGAACCACUCACUGCCAGCAUCAGUAAAAGUAACAAAGUAACAAUAGCAUACAGGACAUUUGGUCUGUAUUUCUUCUAGGUAGCCACUGCCCUGCCUCGGUGAAGUACUUACCUAGAAACACAUCUGUGUCAGGACUGGUCACCAUCAGGUAAAAUGUAGUUCUUCAGUAAAUUAUGUGGAAAAAAAUACCAUUGAAAAUCUGGAUGUCACCUUUAAGAUAAUUGCUUCAUGUAUGUUUGUUCAUAAUCUACUAUGUAAGUUCCCAAGGUUUCAAUAAUCACCUGCUUCUUUUAAUACUAGAGAUUGACAUUUGCAAGGAAUUAGUCACAUUUAUUGUAACUGCAAUGAACUGGUUGGGUAAAGACACAACAUGGUUAUCAAACACACAUGCACGCACGCACAUGCAUGCACGCACACACACGCACACACACACACACACACACACACACACACACACACACACACACACACACACACACACACACACACACACACACAAUUUCGGCAACAGAGGAAGCAUCCUAUGUUUCAAAGAUAAGAGAUAGAACACGCAGAGUCUGUUUACAGCAUGUGUAAAGAAGUGCAGAGGUGCUACUCAAAAGAACAAACAUUGGCCCUUAAUCCAGAGGGCAGGAAGGAGUCAAAACACUAAAACGUGAUGUGUUUAAAAAAACAGACAUCAGCUAUGAUGUUGAGCUAGUAAGAUGACUGUCAUAACAUCACUGCAGUUAGUCCAAGUUUAGCCCCAGGGCUGACACUAGUAAAGUUUCCAGAAAGUACUGUAGGGGGGGUUAAUGCCAUCAUCAGGUUACAUAACAUGCUUUGCUCAUAACUUUGCAUUCCAAGCACCUUUAAAUGUGGAACUGUUGGCUUUCUAUUAGUCAUGAGACUGCACUGUUAAGCAUUUUACUUUGUACUUACUGUUCCAAAUUAAAUUUCAAGGCUAAAUUAAAAGUGAAAUGAUCACAGGGAAUAUUGUUAAUGCCAUGUCAAGCACUACAAAUUGUGAGUAAAGCCUGAAAAGUUGGUCUGAUUGUCCUGUACUCCAAAAAUUCAAGGGAUAUACUAUCUGCUGCAGGAAACUAGAAAUUUGUCCACAAGUCAUUGAGUCAGUUUCAAACUACAGUUGACCGAAGGAAAAAUGGAAGGAUGGAAGAAAGAAAGACAGAGGGAAGAAAGAGUAAACGUGAAGUACAGUACGAAACAAAAAGAAAAAAUUGGGGCACCAUUGAAGGCACUUCCCAGUUCUAUGGUGCCCUAACACAAGAUUACAGCUUCAGCUCUUCAUAAUCCAUUUUCUGUUUGCAAAUAAGAAAACAACAUUGUACAUAGAAAAGGGACAGGCAGACCCAAUUGUUUUUUGACUGUGUUAAACUUAUGUUUUCAAAUGAUUUUUUAUUCAGCAAUUUGUAUUAAUUUGCCACUUAUUUAUUUGCUAAUUUCAAUGUAAUUACUUGCAUUUCAAAAUAUUCAUAAGAUAUUAUUUACAGGAAAUGACAUCCUGGAGUUAUAAUUUUGAGCAGGAUCUGUAGAGGGAAGAACCCUCUUUUAAUCUUUGUUGUCCAGUUAUUAUAUGUAUAUAAUUGUACUCUGACGCAUGAAUAUAUAUAACAACUACAUCCAUGGGCCUGCUCAGUUUCUGGUCACUGGUAGGUUAGAUGGUAUGGUAGUUUGGAGCAGGACAUACAAUAACCUUUAGUCUCAUUUGGGAAAUUUCUGCUUUCAGAGGCUCAGAAAUAACUAGGGUAUCUAUAUCUAAACAGUGCCAUAGGUUCAGUUAUGGACAUGACAGUUUAUACUUCACAGCUUUAGUUAACAUCUGAAUCAUUUAGAUUACUGUUUUCUGCUCUUAUCGCAGUUGCCGAUUUGUAAAUGAUAAUCAUGAUGCAGCUGUCGUGGAAAUUAUUAGGCUGACAGAGGCGAAUGCCGCAGUGUUACUUCUGUAUCAGCAAUAUUGUAACAGUACAUGAGUAUAAAUCUGGUUUACUAAAAAGCCUCAUGAAAGAAAGCCUAAGUGCAGGAUGUAGUGACAGAGGAGCUAAGCAAAGUAACAUUUUAAGCACUGUGCUUUGCAAAUUCAUCUCUGAAAAGUUGCAGACUAUAAGUUUAAGAACAAAACCAAACCAAGACAAUCUUUGAUUUUGAGACCCGUAACUUGUAGCUGUUUAAAAUGUCUGCAUGAUUGAGUUGUAUUUCUGUUGAAAACCACCAUGAGCAUUUACAGUGCUUGAAUUUGGGAACCCAAAAGCAUUGCAAAAAUAUUGGGUUCUUUGCUUUAAAAAUCUCUCAGUACUAGAAAAUGAAUGUCAACCUGGUUUUAAAAAGGUUCGGCAGAAAUGUGUUGCAUGGCAUUCAGAGAAGGGCAUAUUAACAUUAGAAGUACUUUACAGCACUUUGUCCUUUGGGCAUUAUAGGAAAGUAUGUCUGCAUAUUUCCUCCCAGGUAUCGUAUCUGUCAUGACAGCCUGCCCAGUAUCACACCCUUUGGCAUUUUCUUUUUUUCCAUUCCUACAUCGUCCUGCCUCUCUCUCUAUCUGUCCCUCAAAGUUCUCUGCACACCUUCAGUUUUCUUUUUCAAACCCUUUUCUCUACAUUUCACUUACCCAUCAUUGUCUCUUGUACUUUCCGUUUCCUCAAAGCAAGCUUCCCCCCAGCCUGUCCCUCAGUCAAGUUAUACUUAUUCCGUCUGCCUUUUCUGAACCUCCUUCUCUGUCCAGCUGCUAUAACUAAUUUUCAUUUUCAACAAGAUUUACCUUUCCACCCUUCUUUCCUGUUACCUUUCCCCAAACCACCGUGUCAGCACCCUUCUUUCCUGUUACCUUUCCCCAAACCACCGUGUCAGCACCCUUCUUUCCUGUUACCUUUCCCCAAACCACCGUGUCAGCACCCUUCUUUCUCCUAAAAUUGUUUAGUUCUUCCCUGUAUCACUCAUUUUUGACUCAGCCUAGAGACAGCAGAAAUUGGAAGAAGCUGAAAGGAAACAGAAGGAGUAAAAAGUAGGUGGGUAUCAGUAAUGUCUGCCUCUUUGAGCCCCAGUUAUAUAUCUGGCUGCAUUUUAAGGCCGUAAACCAAGAACAGGAUGCUUAAAAAAUGUUAAGUGCUAAUAUUUGUAUUUAGUUGUUCUCACUAUGGGCUGCCGUGUGUGGUUUAUCCAGUUAAGACAAGCCUGACCAGAAACAGCUCUCCAGCAUUCAUACCCAGUCAUUAGGCCUAUGUGUCAGCACUUAGUACAAGACAUUCAAAUGCAAGGUUACCUGCUACUCCCUGAAUAGUGUGCUGUAAACUACAGCCAGCAAACUAAUGCCAUAUUCUAGUUACAUGACAAAAAAAAUGAAACCAGCUUUAUACUCACUCAGCUGUUAUAACAUCAGUCAGUGUACAUGUGAAUGGUUUCCACAAUUAUCUAUGUAGAAUCAUUAAUCAAUACUAUAACCAUACUGUGUUUGUAAAGCAAAUUUAUUUAUCUGGCUUGUCUUCUACCCAUUGUUAACAAAUGUAUUUAACCUGUUUGCAGUGGUUGGAUAUGUUUCUCUGUUCAUUUAUUUUGUUCAUGUACCACUAUUAUGUUAAAGAAUAGCACACCUAGCAAUGUGUUAAUUUAUGGUUUUCAUUUCCAGACAAUAAAUAAGUGACAGAACUACAAUUAACUUCAUGAAGUAUACCAUAUAUAAACGUGAAAAGAAGAGGGUUUCUCCGGCUCAGAAACUGCUAUCAUGUUCCAGUUUUCACACACUAAUAGUUUGUUCUCACGUGCCUUAAACCUCUGAUCAAUGCAGCUAGGAGCGUAACCACUAUUUCUGUAAAAAAAAAAACUUUGUACACAAAGGAUAAUAAAUAACAGUUUUAUUUAA